GAUAGCGCAACAUGUGGGGGUUUGGUCGGUAAAGCUGAGAAUCAAUCAGAUCCCAGGGGUAGUGACGGAGUUUGCCAUCAGCACCAAAGACGUAAACAAACGUAAACAUUUGUGUCUGAGACAAGCGUGAUCAAACCCGUUUAUGAAAUGAUUUAUAAGUCAAUUCCACGUAGAAGUAGUGGACAGAUGAAUAUUCUCAAAAGGUAAUGGGAUUCUCUUAACUUCUUCGUUCAUUUUAUUCUUGUUGAUUAACACAAUUGGCCAAAAAAUGGAACGACCGAUGGGACAGUCACAACCGUUGGGAAAUACUGGAAAUAUGAUACGUAAUAAUUCGGCUGAUUCUAGUAGUAGUCUUAAAAACAAUGAAAUGCCUACAAAAAAAGGGCAGACAUGUGUACCGGAGAUGAAGAAUGCCAAUGAGGAGAAUCAGCAGGUGAUGGUUAAGAUUGAAAACUUGGGUAUCCAAAAUUCCAGUGUAACCAUCAAUGUCGAAGUCAUUUCAGUCAGUCCAAACGGCCUGAAAAAGAUUAAAAAUGGAAGACAUUGUUUUGCAUUCACUAUUCGCGAUGAGACUGGAACAACAACGGCCAUAGCCUGGGAAGAAGUAGCAAUACCACUGUCAAAAGUUAUUGCGAUUGGGCAGUCCAUAAAAAUAAUAAAUGGAUAUGUUGAGAAAGCAAAAAAUAAUCCGGACCAACAUCUCAUAAUAUUGAGUCAAACAAGUUCAGUUGAAAUAUUCAAAGAGAAUAAAAAAGUGUACCUUGUCACCAGUGAGGGAUGUCAAUCACUUUUAGUGCGACCAGCAGCUGAACUACAGGUAGACGAAGUUCAGCGGAAAAAAAUCUGCUUAUCUAGUGGAGUUCAGAAAAUCGCUGAUUUAACAGCUGCCCAACAAUGUAGCUGUAUCAAAAUGGAAGUUAUGACUAUGAUAACAAAUGGCAUCAUUUGUAGUGCCAAUGGAAAACAGUAUUUGCGUUUUAUUGGUCAUGAUGAUACUGGAGAAAUUUGUUGUUCCAUUUUUGAGCCGCAUUCUCGCACAACCGGUCAUCUCAUUCAGGUAGGCGUUGAUCUUCAAUUAGAAAACAUAAAAGUCAAGCCUGUCAACUCAUCAUACACCAGAGUCUGUAACAAUGAUUUUGAGAUUGUUGUCUAUCCUGAGAGUUGCAUAAAGAUUCUGGAAGACAAAACUGAAGAGACUGUAGCCCCUACAGAAAGGCCUUCAGAACUGAUGGACCAGGCACUAACCUCACAGCCCAUCAAAAACCCUGUGGUUGAACCAAUGGAGGUCACAUCAACGAGCCCUUCUGAUGCAAAAGUAUCAUCAGCUGCUGAAGAUUCGUCAACUUGUGCACAAAGAGAGAAAAUCAUCGAAUUAAACUCUCAAAGGCAGUGUGAAAGUAUCGAAUUGAAAGUCUCGCAAUUGGUAACAAAUGGUGUAGCAGUCAGUCACGGCGGCAUGAAGUACGUCCGUUUCAUUGGUACUGAUGACACUGGAGAAAUUUGUUGUUCAAUUUUCGAGCCGCUUUCUGUUUCAUUGGGUCACCUUGUUCAGGUGGGCCUUUCUGUUCAAGUAGGAAAUGUAAAAGUGAAGGCUGUAAACGCUGCAUACCCUAAAGUCUGUAACAACGAUUUUGAAAUUGUUCUCUAUCGCGGGAGUCGCAUGAAAAUUUUGGAACCCGAACCUGGAGAGAUUAUAGCAGCUCCUGGAAUGCCUCCAGAGCAGGAAGAUAAACAAACAGCCGCAGAGUGUAUCGAGGACCCCGUGGUUGAACCACAGGAGGUCAUACCAAAGGAACCUUCUGAUACAAACACCGCAUCAACUGCUGCAGAUUUGUCAUCGGGCGCACAAAAGUUCAAAGUUAAUGAGUUAACGGUUGACGUGCCGUGUAAAUGCAUCGAAUUAAAAAUUCUGACGAUGAUAACAGAUGGAAUACCACUCAGCCGAGGAGGUACGACUUACCUGCGUUUCAUUGGGGCUGAUGAUACUGGAGAAAUCGCCUGCACGGUUUUCGAACCGCAUUCUAUCGAAGCCGGUCCUCAUCUUCGGAGCGGGGCUUAUGUUCUAUUAGAACAGCCACUAGUCCAGCCGGUUAACAUUAACUUCGCUAUUUGGUGCAAGAAUAGUUUAGAAAUACAUGUUUCUCGAAACAGCAGCAUCAAAGUCCUAAAGCAGGAGCUUAACGACAUGCCAACAACCAAUGGAACACCUCCUAUGGAUGAGGACCAGCAAGGGUACCCACUGCCUGUUGAGCAACCCAUGAUUAAAAUGUUGAAGCAAGAAGAAGUUGCAGACACGACAAUACUUGCCCAAAUCAGCAAGACUCCGAUUAUUGGUGACAAUUUCCAGAUAACAGAAUGUAUCGAACUUGAAGUGAAGUGUUUCCUAUUCCCAGGUGUUCACACAGAUUCAAAAAAUAGAAGUUAUAUUAUUUUCAUUGGGGCAGGUACCUUGGGAGAAAUUUGUUGCUCCGUUUUCAAUCCUGACAGAAUUAUCGAGGAUAUUGAAGUGGGUUCAUGUGUGAAGCUGCUAGACGCGCAAAUUAAGACCGUAGACCCAAGAUUGCCCAGAUUCUGUGAUAAUGAUUUCGAAAUUUUGGUAGAUGGGGGGAAUAAUAUCCAAAUUUUGAGCAAAUUCUCUAGGGUAAGGGAUGUUGUUAGGCUUGGUGCUUUGGCAAAUGUGAAAAAUCAGGAACCCUACGCUUUCGUUGAUGUUCUUACUGUUCUGUGUGAGUUGGAAAAUGAAGACAUGUAUCCGUUCAGUCCUCUUCCUAAAAUAAUAGUUGCCGAUGAAGACGGUGGUAUUGAGGUACCGAUAAUCUUCCCAUCUGCAUCCUUCGUUGAUCCCUCCUUGCGUGUCAAUACGGUAAUCUCCUGCCGAAACCUUCAAGUGCGUAUAUCCCAGGGAAACUACGAACUACACUUCGUGCCGGAAAAAUCAGCAAUAGUGGUACACGAUGUAAAGAAAUUAAGGAAGAGCGGAAGGAAGGCUUAGGCACCUCUCGGAGACCAUUCUGAAGACUAAAAAUGAAAGAAGUUCUUGUUUAUUGCCAUUAUUCUGAUUUAAAGUGUUGAAUUAGAGUAAAUUCAAAGUUUUAUACCUCUCAUUUAUAAUUAAGAAGUGCAUUCUAUUAGUAUGGACAUUUAUUUUGAAAAAUAAAAAUUGAAGAAAAUCAUUA